UAAUUAGUUGAAGAUUGGCAUUGAAGAAGGCUGAAAAGCUCCAUCAUGGGAAGUGCCUCCAUGCUAGCCUCUGUUGCCAUGAGAAGGCUUGAAGGUAAGGCGGCUCUGAUCACAGGCGGCGCAAGUGGAAUUGGUGAGUGUACUGCAAGGCUCUUCUCUCAGCUCGGAGCUAAAGUGGUGAUCGCUGAUAUCCAAGAUGACUUGGGUCACUCCGUUUCCAAAAGCAUCACAGAUUCUUCAUCUUCUUCUUCUGCCACCUACGUCCAUUGCGACGUCACAAAGGAAAAGGACAUCGAAAACGCAGUGGACACUGCGGUUUCGAAGUACGGCAAGCUUGACAUCAUGUUCAACAAUGCUGGUAUCGUCGGUGUCAACAAAACCAGCAUCCUCGAAAACCACAAAUCCGAAUUCGAGGAGGUGAUUAACGUGAAUCUGAUUGGUGUUUUUCUGGGGACCAAGCAUGCAGCGAGGGUGAUGGUCCCCGCACGACGCGGCAGCAUUUUAUCAACGGCUAGUGUUUGUGGCUGUAUCGGCGGGGUGGCUUCACAUGCGUACACGAGCUCGAAGCAUGCAGUGGUGGGCCUGACGAGGAACACCGCCGUGGAGCUCGGACGGUUUGGGAUUCGGGUGAACUGUGUCUCGCCGUACGUGGUGGCGACACCGUUGGCCAAGGAUUUCUUCAGGCUUGAUGAUGAGGGAGUCCAUGGGGUUUAUUCUAACCUUAAAGGUGCAAAGCUUGAACCUCAAGAUGUGGCUGAGGCGGCACUGUACUUGGCAAGCGACCAGUCUAAAUAUGUGAGUGGCUAUAAUCUUGUGGUCGAUGGAGGAUUCACAAUCACAAAUCCUGGCUUCACUGUUUUUGGGGGAUAAAGAGUGAAUUCACUGUCACGAAAAUCUGAGUUAUGUUUUGGGAGAUUUGUGUGGGUUUUUCCUCUCCGUCUUUGUCCGAUUUGAUCACUUUCAGUGUGCGCUUUUGGAUUUGAUGGAUGUUCUAUUUGUAAUAAACUAAUCUAU